ACACCACAAAGGGGAGGGCCAAACGUCAGAGAGACCCUUUCCUCCCGACCGCAGAAGAUGUGUGCUUUCUCUGAGUGGGAACUGUUUGUGCAACAGCUCCCAGCUCCAACGCCGCCGGACUGGUCAACUCUAAUCAGCAGGUGCUUUUGAGAAGCCUCCGUCCCGAUCUGAAACGCUGGAAGGGCCCUCUCCAGUCGCGCUGCGACCCAGAGAAGAAGAGCUCUUGUGGGUCUGUUGAGCGAGGAGGCCCCCCGGGGGGAGAGGAGAACCAUGGAACCUUGCGUCUGCAUCCUGGAGGCGCUGGGGAUGUUUGUGUACACGGGAGCCUGGCUGUGCGCACUGGCCUGCACCCUCAUGCCCCAGUGGCAGACCCAAUCCACGGCACUGCUGGCUAUUGAGAGCUACGAGAGGGGCCUUUGGGAGACCUGCGUGGUGCAGGAAGUGGGCGGUACAGAGUGCCGGGCGUACGACACCCUACUGGGCCUGACCCACGACAUCAAGCUGGCGCGAAUCUUCAUGUGCUUAUCCCUGUCCAUGGGUGUGCUGGGACUCCUGUUAGCCAUACCGGGGCUGUCCCUGAUCAAGAGCUGCAAGGGGCAGGGAGGCCGUAGGGCUAAGCGGGCCUUCAAGGUUGCGGGUGGGGUCCUGGGGGUGGUGUCUGGACUGCUGUGCCUGGUCCCCGUGUCCUACGAGGCCCACUUGACCGUGCUGCACUUUUUCGACGAGACAGUGCCCGACGUGGUGCCUCGCUGGGAGUUCGGAGACGCCCUGUUCUGCGGGUGGGCAGGGGGCUUCCUGCUCCUGGUGGCUGGCCUGUUGCUCGUCUCCUCCAGCCUGUGCUGCCAGACGGAGCCCCUGCCCUCGGCGGUGCUGCGGAGGUACGAGGUCCAGGCCGCUGAUCCCUCCCCGAAGAAACGAUCAGAGUAUGUUUGAGAGGCGGGGGGACGGAGGAAUUGUGCACAGGCUUGGCUUCAACCUUGGAGGGCUUUCCAAGACAUCUUUUGAUACUUUUGAUACUCGGCUCCGUGUCAUGGAGGAGAGCUGGUGGCUCAGACAAACUACCCAGAAUCCACCUGGAUAUCAAACCUUUAGGAGUUCUGUUUUCUGAGAGCAGGUAAAAGGACAUUUGAAUGAUCAGCCUGAACUGUGAUGAAAAUCUUUGGUAUAUGUAUGCAUCUUGGCGGAAAUAAGUUUGAAAACAGUCACCAAUUAAUUAUCUGUUAAUUAUCUGGUUCUGUCACAGAACCACACACCUCCAAAAACCUGAGGUGAGUGCUGGACUUGAAAUUAGGUUACAGCUCUUCAGUUCUGAAUCCAAUUCAAAUUUUCUUUGUUAGCUGUUUCAUCCUGAAUGACUUCAGGAUCUUGAUCUGUCAACCUAAACGAUACCAAUGUCAUUUGUAUCGUGCAAUAGCAACCUUAUGAUCAUAACCCACCUAAACAUUAUCCCAAACACUGUGUUAUUAUGAGUAGGCUUCUAUAGUAUGUGUUGCACUGUACAGUACAGCUAUGUAUUCAAAGUUGCAGUACUUGAUUCAUAUAAAGAUAUUUAUACAGAUAUGAUCAA